GAACUAUGAGUUUAUUAAUAAAUAAUCAUGAAUCCAUAACCUAGAAGAUUUUCAGUAUUUUCACAUAUUAUCUGACUGACAUAUCUAUCUACCGGUUGGCGGUGGGAUGAUAUAGUAAAUCUGUUUAGUCAUCCAUUACCAUUACUGUAAUAGUGUAACACUAGCAAUAGUUGUGAUAUACGAAAUUGUGUGUUGUGCAAUCAUGAAGAAAGUGAUAAUUUUAACAAUAACUAUAUUUUUAACUCAUCUAGCAGACUCGGCAUUUCCGAAUUUUUACCCAAAACUAGCUGUAGAGCCGAUUACAGACGAUCCUGGGGUUCCCCUGAUACUGACACCUCUUAUAGAACAAAACAAAAUAGCGGAAGCUGUUGCAGCUGCCAAAGUAUAUUUUAACGGAUUUAAGAAAAUUGAGAGCUACUCCGGAUAUUUUACUGUUGAUAAAAUCUUUGGUUCAAAUUUAUUUUUCUGGUUUUUGCCGGCUGCGAACGAUUACGAAAACGCCCCGGUCGUGUUAUGGCUACAGGGUGGACCAGGAGCAUCUUCGUUGAUCGGGCUUUUUGCAGAAAAUGGCCCGUUUAUAGCAAAAUCUAAGAAAGGAUUGAAACUCAGACCUUAUCCCUGGAGUUCUACUCAUUCUAUGAUAUAUAUUGAUAGCCCAGCUGGCACUGGAUAUAGUUUUACUAACGGUGGAUUCGCCCAAAAUGAAACUAAGGUUGGACAAGAUCUGUAUAGUGCUCUUACUCAGUUUUUUACCAUGUUUCCCAAUCUUCAGAAAAACGAGUUUUAUGUUACUGGGGAGUCUUAUGGAGGAAAAUAUGUCCCGGCUAUUUCGUAUACUAUCCAUAAAAAUAAUCCAGAUGCAAAGUUGAAAAUAAAUCUAAAAGGACUGAGUAUUGGAAACGGUUUGUGCAAUCCAGAAUUCCAGUUAAAUUACGGAGAUUAUUUAUAUCAAUUAGGACUGAUUGAUUUAAGUGGUCAACAAAUUUUUAAGGAAAAGGAAAAAGAAGCUGUCACAUAUAUCCAGAAUAAACAAUUUGAUAAAGCAGCUGAUGUCUUCGAUGACCUCUUAGAUGGCGAUUUCCACAACCGUUCAUCAACAUUCAAAAAUAUCACAGGUUUUACCAACUAUUUCAACUUUUUGUAUCCCACUGAUCCCAACAAUCUAGAAAUACAAGAAGCUGCGAAAUAUCUUCAGAGAGACGACGUACGCGCUGUUAUUCACGUCGGUAAUACCUCAUUCGGUGCUACCUCGUCCGAAGUCGAAAAGAAUUUGAAGAAUGACAUCAUGCAGAGCAUAGCUCCCUGGCUCACAGAACUUCUUAACAACUACAGGGUUCUAAUCUACAACGGUCAGUUGGAUAUCAUCGUCGCGUAUCCUCUAACGGAGAACUUCUUGAGAAACCUCGAUUUUAACGGCGCUGACCAGUACAAGACAGUGCAAAGGUAUCCUUGGUAUGUCGGUAGCGAUGUUGCUGGGUAUGUUAAACAAGCAGGGAAUUUGACUGAAGUGCUGGUGCGAGACGCCGGGCAUAUGGUUCCGGCGGAUCAGCCUCAGUGGUCUUUUGAUCUUAUCAAUAGGUUUACCAGGAAUAAACCUUUUCAUAGAACCUAAUUACCGAUGGAAUCAUUCACGAACUAGUAUUUUUAGUUCAUUAUCUUCUUAUUCAAUUAUAAAGAUUUUUCAGCUUUGUAGGACACUAGUACAGUCUGAAAUAUUUUAAGGGACUAUAUAUUUUUGAUCAUUCACCUAUUGCAACGCCUUUAUCUAAUGAUCUUGUAAUGUUUUUUUUAUAUUAAUGAUAAACAACAAGUUGUUCAACAACAUGUUCAUCUGAUAAUGUCUAUAAUAAAAUCAAUGCAAGUGUCUACAGACUUGCGUCACAGUGAGCUAAACAGAUUUACAAUAAUGAUUAGGUUUGAAUGAUUAGAAAAAAUGUAAAAAACAUUUAAUUUUUCUGAUAUUAUCAUUUGUAAGACUGUGAAAUACAUAUUUGAUACUUUUUUAAGGAUAUUCUAAUAAGAUAUUUUGAUAUUUUAUUAAUACGUUCAAAUUUUGUGUUAGAAAUAAAUUAAAUAAAUAAAGAUUAAGUUACUUUUA